GUCUCUUCUGACAGAAGGUGCCAGCCGGGGGGUGGCAGGGCUGGGGGUGUUUGUCUUGGCCCUCAUAGAGAAGGGGUGCCACCAAGCCUGGGUGAGUGGGCUGGCCCAGAGCGCUGCUUGUUAUCAGAAGCUCACCCUCUGUCCCAGCUUUCCUGAGGAUGCUGCUGCUGAACCUGUCCUGGCUGGGACUCGGGCCCAAGGGCCCCUCCCCAUGGCUGCUGCUUUUGCUGAUCGGGACCUCCUGGCUCCUGGCCCGUGCCCUGUCCUGGGCCUAUGCCUUCUACAACAAGAGCCGCCUCCUCCGAUGCUUCCACCAGCACCCAAAGCGGAACUGGUUCUUGGGUCACUUGGGCCUGGUCAACAACGAUGAGCAGGGCUUGACCCAGGUGGCUCAACUGGUGGCCACCUAUCCCAAGGCUCUUGUGUCCUGGCUGGGGCCCAUCAUCCCUAUCAUCACUCUGUACCACCCAGACCUCAUCCGGUGUGUCACCAAUGCCUCAGCCACCAUCGCACCCAAAACUGCGGUCUUCUACCAGUUCCUGAAACCCUGGUUGGGGGAUGGGCUUCUGCUGAGUGCCGGUGACAAGUGGAGCCAUCACCGCCGCAUGCUGACACCUGCCUUCCACUUCAACGUCCUGAAGCCCUAUAUGAAGAUUUUCAAUGAAAGCGUGAACAUCAUGCAUGCCAAGUGGCAGCGCCUGGCCUCAGAGGGCAGUGCCCACCUGGACAUGUUUGAGCACAUCAGCCUCAUGACCCUGGACAGUCUGCAGAAAUGUGUCUUCAGCUUCGACAGCCACUGCCAGGAGAAGCCCAGCCAAUAUAUUGCAGUCAUCCUGGAGCUAAGUGCCCUAGCUGCAAAACGGCACCAGCAGAUCUUACUGCACAUGGAUUUCUUGUACCAUCUUACUUCUGAUGGGCAGCGCUUCCUCAGGGCCUGCCAGCUGGUGCAUGACUUCACAGAUGCCAUCAUCCAGGAGCAUCGCCGCAACCUCCCUGAUGAGGGUGCUGAUGACUUCCUCAUGGACAAGGCCAGGACCAAGACUUUGGACUUCAUCGAUGUGCUUCUGAUGGCCAAGGAUGAAGAUGGGAAGGUACUGUCAGAUGAGGACAUCCGAGCAGAGGCUGAAACCUUCAUGUUUGGGGGCCAUGACACUACAGCCAGCGGCCUCUCCUGGAUCCUGUAUAACCUUGCAAAGCACCCGGAAUACCAGGAUCGCUGCCGGCAGGAGGUGCGAGAGCUCCUGAGGGACCGUCAGUCAGAGGAGAUUGAAUGGGACGACCUGGCCAACUUGCCCUUCCUGACCAUGUGCAUCAAGGAGAGUCUGCGGUUGCACCCCCCAGUCCCCGUCAUCUCCCGCUGCUGUACCCAGGAUGUUGUGCUCCCGGAUGGCCGUGUUAUCCCCAAAGGUGUUAUCUGCCUCAUCAGCAUUUUCGGGACCCAUCACAACCCAUCAAUCUGGCCCAACCCUGAGGUCUAUGACCCCUUCCGCUUUGACCCAGAAAACACCAAGGAGAGGUCACCUCUGGCUUUCAUUCCUUUCUCAGCAGGUCCCAGGAACUGCAUCGGGCAGACAUUCGCCAUGAUUGAGAUGAAGGUGGUCCUGGCGCGCACGCUGCUGAGCUUCCGCUUCCUGCCGGAUGAGAUGGAGCCUCGGAGGAAGCCGGAGCUGAUCCUGCGCACGGAGAAGGGACUUUGGCUGCGGGUGGAGCCGCUGAGCACUGGUCUGCAGGGAUCCCCCGCCACACGGCCUUAGAGGGAUCCCUGACUCCAUCCAUCUGCCUUUAUCCUGGAAGAAAACUUUGCUCUCCUCUCUGUCGGAACUUCAUUGAGCUUCAUCGUGGGGCACUUGGUCUCUGCAGGGAUCCAAGGGGUGAUGGUGACUGUUGAGAGGUGGGCCUGCUAUCUCCAAGUCUAAGUCCUGGCUGCCCUGCAGGCUGUCCACAAUGGACCCCCACACCGAUGGUGGGCUCUCCAGGAGCCCAAUCACAGACCUUAUUCUGUGGGCCAUUGGGAGCUGUGGAAGGUGUUUGAGCAGGAGAGGGACCAGGGUUAAAGACAGACUUAAGGGGCAAGCUUGAGGCUCCAACUCUUGGAAGAAGAGAUCCCACGGUGGUGAUUCCCCUUCCCCUGGGCCAUGGGUGCCCCAAAACAAAGGUGCCUGGAUUUCCAGAACACAGCGAGAGAAGAGCUGCAGCCCCCAGCCUGAAAGCCUCUCUGGGAAUCACAGUUCCCUUCCUGCUGUUCCCAAUGGCCCCAGCCAUGUGUCUUCCCCCUCCUAGUCAUCCCAUCAGUGAUCCCCUUCCACUGCCUUGAGAGAGUCUCCUCCCUCUUCUCCUCUGGACCCCCUGAUGCUGCCCAGGCAGCCUGGAAGAUUCUAGCUGAGUCCCCACUGUGUGCCAGGUGAUCCUUCUAAUACCUCUGGGUUUUGAUUCUUUGUCCCUUUAGUAUGAGGCCAUCAAAAUAGAGGUUCACAUAUUUCUGAAUUGAGAAAUGCCUCCAGGGUAGAAGUAAAACUCACAUUCAUUUUACUCUAGGUUUCAACUUUUAUUUGAGCAAUGCAACUCCUUUUGGUCUUUUCACUUCAUUUAUUCACUUACUAAGAUUGGAAAAGUAUUCAGCUUCUAAUGUUGUUUUUAAAAUAUUGGAAGGUUAAUUCAAAUAACCACAUUUGUGAUUAAUGGAAACGGGGAGUCGCAUGUGGGUUUUCAAAUUGUCUGGACCUGAUCAUUACUCUACUCUUCAAUGUAUUAUGACUGCCAAUUGCUAUUGUCCUCAGAGAUUUCCAGACCCACAAAAACCCACAUCAGGAUCUAGGGGGAUGAUUGCACUUCACCCAGUGACUGUAGUCUUUGAACUGGAUGGAGGUAUCUGUUGGAAUUAUUGCUUGAUUCCCUUAGGAGUAUGUGAGUAUGUUCUCUAUAGGGGAAAGGGGGUAUAUAUUGUAUAAGUGAGUUGCUAUGGGGUGGACUGUGCCAGUGACUUCCAAUUGUGUACUCUGAGAGGCAUUCUAGCCCUUUUAGAAUCUAUGGUUUUAGCUGGGUGCACUGCAUCCUGAUCCAUUUGUAAUGAGAUUCAUCACAGAUUACACUUGAAGCCUUCUUUGAAGCUAGAAUGGUUAUAUAACUGCGUCCUCUCACUUAUGGAGAAGUAGAUGAAUUUGUGGUAAUUCUGGAGACUUUCUUUAAGAGGAACCUGUGACAAUCUCUCUGUCAGGUCUCCCCACUUCCUUCUUCCUGCUGGUUGGCACAUUGAUGUGGCAGCUAGAACACCAUCAUGAGCCACAAGGACAAAUAAUGCACUUUUUGGAUUGUGGAGCAGAAAGCUGGAAGCAGGCAGGGUCCUGUGGUGGUGGAUCCAUCACACCCUGGAGUUGUAAAUAUUAGGGUUAGAAUGCCUGUCUGCUAUUUACUAGCUGCUUGGCUUGGAGACAGUUUAUGCCUCAGUUUCUUUUCUAUCUUACAGCAUCUGUCUUCUUGGGCUUGUGAAGAUUGAAUGAAGCAGCAUGUUUAACGUGACUUAGUGCAAAAUAAGCAUUAAUUUUCAUUGGGGAUUGAUUUCCCCCCUCCUUUUUAGAAUUUCACGAUGCCAUAGAAAUCACAAGAGUUAAAUAAAUGUAAAUUUUGCCAACUGUGGCAAUCUGCUGCUAAAGAAAGCCAUCUUAAUUUAUUUAGUAAGUUCAAAAUAUUCCCGGUUGUAUGUGAGAAGUACAAGAGCCUUUGAUGUGACGCUGGCUCGAAGCUGAGAACUGGGGAAAGAAAAAAAAAAAAGCAAAAGCAUAUCCUAGAUAAUCACGACCAGGAC